AUGGCGCCGCUCCCAAUCAAGUUCACGGAGAAUCUCCAACUCACCUCCGUGGGCAUACUGCCAGCAUCUAUAGGCUUCAACUCGUGCACGCUCGAAUCCGAUCACUAUGUAUGUGUGCGGCAAGCAACAGAGGGCGCUGCCCAACCCGAGGUCAUCAUCAUCAACCUCAAGAACAACAACAGUGUCAUUCGCCGGCCGAUCAAGGCAGACAGUGCCAUCAUGCACUGGAGCAAAGAGAUCAUUGCGUUGAAGGCUGGCGGCAAGACACUGCAAAUAUUCGACUUGGCGCAAAAGAGCAAGAUCAAGAGCACUACCAUGACAGAAGACGUCGUCUUUUGGAAGUGGUUCAAUGACACUUCGCUCGGGCUCGUGACAGACACCAGCGUCUACCACUGGAACAUCUUUGACCCUUCAGCUGUGACGCCCACGAAGAUGUUUGACCGCAACCAGAAUCUCUCUGGCUGCCAAAUCAUCAACUACCGCGUCAGCGAUGAUGAGAAGUGGAUGGUUGUAGUGGGCAUUUCCCAGCAGCAGGGCCGUGUGGUUGGCGCAAUGCAGCUAUACUCCAAAGACCGUGGGAUUAGCCAGGCUAUUGAGGGCCAUGCGGCAGCUUUCGGCACUCUGCACCUGGAGGAUGCGCCAGCAGAUACCAAAUUGUUCACUUUUGCUAACAGAUCCGCAACUGGUGCCAAGCUGCACAUUGUCGAGGUUGACCACCAAGCACCCAACCCGGCCUUCACCAAGCGCGCCGUCGACAUCUACUUCCCUGCCGAGGCGACGAACGAUUUCCCGGUUGCAAUGCAGGUCUCUCCGAAGUACAAAGUCAUCUAUCUUGUGACGAAGUAUGGCUUCAUCCACCUUUUCGAUCUCGAGACCGGCACCACAAUCUUCAUGAACCGUAUUUCGAGCGACACGAUCUUCACGACCGCGGGCGACGGAGAUGGCUUGGGCAUCGUCGGUGUGAACAGGAAGGGUCAGGUGCUCUCAGUCAGCGUUGACGAGAGCACCAUAAUACCAUACUUACUGCAAAAUCCUGAGAAUGCAGAGCUUGCGUACAAGCUGGCGUCAAGAGCUGGACUUCCUGGCGCAGACUCUCUCUACCAGCAGCGAUUCGAUCAGCUGUUGAGCAUUGGAGACUACCAGCAAGCUGCAAAGACUGCCGCGAACUCUCCACAAGGCUUUUUGCGGACAGCGCAGACUAUCGAGCGCUUCAAGGCUCUUCCUGCGCAGCAAGGCCAGCUCUCAGUCAUCCUGCAAUACUUUGGCAUGCUUUUGGAUAAGGGCAAGCUCAACGAGCACGAGACAAUGGAGCUUGCAAGACCGGUGCUCCAGCAGAACCGCAAGCAUCUGCUCGAGAAAUGGAUGAAAGAGGGCAAGCUCGGCUGCUCCGAACAACUGGGUGAUCUUGUGCGCAUGCAUGAUGUUGCCCUUGCGCAGCAAAUCUACCAAGAAGCUGGUGCAGCCCAGAAGGUCAUUGCUGCGAUGGCAGAGUCUGGCAACUUUGACCAGAUUUUGCCAUACUCCCGCCAGGUCGGCUACAACCCAGAUUUCACUGCUUUGGUGCAGCAUGUGACUAGAGUUUCGCCGGACAAGGGUGCCGAGUUAGCUCAAAACAUUGCUCGCGAGGACCCAAGCCUUAUCGACAUCGACCGAACAGUCGACAUCUUCGAGUCUCAAGGAAUGGUACAACAGGCUACUGCCUUCUUGCUUGAUGUCUUGGCUGCCAACAAGCCGGAGCAAGGAGCUUUGCAGACUCGUCUUCUCUCCAUGAACCUUGUCAACGCACCUCAAGUCGCUGAUGCCAUCCUUGGCAACGAAAUGUUUUCAUACUACGACAAGGACAGGAUCGCCGACUUGUGCGAGAAGGCAGGCCUGCUCUCUCGAGCUCUAGAGUCGUAUGAUGAUCCAGUCGCAAUCAAGCGCUGCAUCGUGCAGACCGACAAGCUGAGCGAAGAGUUCUUGAUCAACUACUUCGGCCGACUUACAGUCGACCUUGCACUAGAGUGCAUGGAUGAGAUGCUGAAGGUUAACAUUCGACAGAACCUCCAGGCUGUCAUCAACAUCGCCAAGAAGUAUUCGGAUCUCUUCGGACCAAACCGCAUCAUUGACCUGCUCGAGAAAUACCGCACAGCCGAAGGUCUCUACUUCUACCUUGGUGGUAUCGUCAACCUCAGCGAAGACAAUGAAGUCACCUUCAAGUACAUCGAGGCUGCCACGACUAUGGGUCAAUUGCAGGAGGUUGAGCGCGUCUGCCGAGAGAGCAACCACUACGACCCGGAGAAGGUCAAGAACUUCCUCAAGGAGGCGAAUCUGACCGAGCAACUCCCACUCAUCAUCGUUUGCGACCGAUUCAACUUCGUCCACGACUUGGUCCUUUAUCUCUACAAGAACCAACAGUUCAAGUCUAUCGAGGUGUACGUCCAACGCGUGAACCCUGCGAGAACACCAGGAGUCAUUGGAGGCCUUCUCGAUGUCGACUGUGACGAGAACAUCAUCAAGGGCUUGCUCAACUCUGUCUCACCGCAGAGCAUUCCGAUUGAUGAGCUUGUUGCCGAGGUUGAGUCACGCAAUCGCCUGAAGCUCUUGCUGCCGUUCCUUGAGCAGACUUUGGCCCAAGGAUCUCAGCAGCAAGCUGUCUUCAAUGCGCUGGCCAAGAUCUACAUCGAUAGUAAUAAUAAUCCAGAGGCAUUCCUCAAGCAGAACGACCAGUACGACACCCUCAUUGUCGGAAAGUACUGUGAGAAGCGCGAUCCGAAUCUUGCCUUCAUUGCCUACCAGAAGGGCCAAAACGAUCUCGAGCUUAUCAGCAUCACGAACGAGAACGCCAUGUUCAGAGCGCAAGCGCGAUACUUGCUUCAAAGAAGCGAUCCGGAAAUAUGGAGUUACGUGCUGUCCGACAACAACAUUCAUCGUCGCUCUCUUGUGGAUCAGGUCAUCUCGACUGCUGUGCCUGAAAGCACCGACCCAGAAACGGUCAGCAUUGCAGUCAAGGCCUUCAUCGACGCAGACAUGCCAGUUGAGCUCAUUGAGCUUCUCGAGAAGAUCAUCCUCGAGCCAUCUACGUUCUCCGACAACGAGAACCUGCAGAACCUACUCAUGCUUACUGCUGCCAAGUCAGACCGUGGUCGUGUUGCGAACUACAUCCAGCAGCUUGACAACUACACCCCUGAUGACAUUGCACAACAAUGCAUCGAAGUCGGGAUGUACGAAGAGGCCUUCCUCAUCUACAAGAAGGCCGGCAAGCAUCUCGAUGCAUCCAACGUCCUUGUUGACCACGUUGUCAGCAUCGACCGCGCUCAAGAGUACGCCGAGCAGGUUGAGCUGCCAGAGGUCUGGAGCAAGGUCGCCAAGGCUCAGCUCGAUGGUCUGCGUAUCACUGACUCGGUGGAAUCCUACAUUCGUGCUCAGGAUCCGUCAAACUACAACGAAGUCAUCGAGAUCGCAACACAUGCGGGCAAGGACGAAGAUCUGAUCAAGUACCUUCGCAUGGCGCGAAAGACGCUCCGCGAGCCACCGAUCGACACUGCUCUUGCCUUCUGCUACGCACGCACCAACCAGCUGCCAGAGCUUGAAGAGUUUUUGCGCGGCACUAAUGUCGCAAAUAUUGAGGAGUCUGGUGACAAGGCAUACGCAGAGGGUUACCACGAGGCUGCCAAGAUCUUCUUCUCUUCGAUAUCAAACUGGGCCAAGCUCGCAACCACUCUUGUGCAUCUUGGGGACUACCAAGCUGCUGUGGAAUGCGCACGCAAGGCCAACAGCGUCAAGGUAUGGAAACAGGUCAACGAGGCUUGUGUUGCGAAGAAGGAAUUCCGUCUCGCCCAGAUCUGUGGCCUCAACCUCAUUGUCCACGCCGAGGAGCUCACAGACCUUGUGAAGCAAUACGAGCGCAAUGGCUACUUUGACGAGCUUAUUUCGCUUCUCGAGGCUGGUCUUGGUCUCGAGCGUGCCCACAUGGGUAUGUUCACGGAACUUGGCAUUGCGUUGAGCAAGUACCACCCAGACCGUGUUAUGGAGCACCUGCGCAUUUUCUGGGGCCGUAUCAACAUUCCUAAGAUGAUCCGCGCUUGUGAGGAAGCUCAUCUCUGGCCUGAGCUUGUCUUCCUCUACACUCACUACGACGAGCAUGACAACGCCGCGUUGGCCAUGAUGGAGCGCGCUGCCGAUGCUUGGGAACACCACAGCUUCAAGGAGAUCAUUGUCAAGGUGGCCAACUUGGAGAUCUACUACCGCGCAUUGAACUUCUAUCUGCAAGAACAGCCAUCUUUGAUCACAGAUUUGCUGCAGGCCCUCACUCCUCGCAUCGACGUCAAUCGGGUCGUGAAGAUGUUCGAGAAGUCGGACAACAUUCCUUUGAUCAAGCCGUUCUUGCUCAACGUGCAGUCGCAGAACAAGCGCGCUGUCAAUGACGCGAUCAACGACCUGCUCAUCGAGGAGGAAGACUACAAGCAGCUCCGUGACAGCGUCGAAAACUUUGACAACUACGAGGCUGUCGCUCUUGCUCAGCGGUUAGAGAAGCAUGACCUCGUCUUCUUCCGACAAAUCGCAGCGAGCAUCUAUCGCAAGAACAAGAGAUGGGAUAAGUCGAUCGCCCUCUCCAAGCAAGACAAGCUUUACAAGGAUGCCAUCGAGACUUCUGCAAUUUCUGGCAAGACCGAGGUCGUCGAGGAGCUACUGCGAUAUUUCGUCGACAUUGGCAGCAAGGAAUGCUACGUCGGCAUGCUUUACGCCUGCUACGAGCUCAUUCCACUUCACACUGUCAUGGAGAUUUCAUGGCGCCACGGCUUGAACGACUUCACGAUGCCAUUCAUGAUCAACUACAUGUCACAACAAGCUGCCACUAUUUCGGAGCUCAAGCGUGACAACGACGAGCGAAAAGCCAGGGAGGCCGCAAAUGCGCCAAAGGAGGAGGGCGGUCCAAUUCUUGGACAAAGCAGACUCAUGCUUACCCAAGGACCGAUCCAGGCACAGCCAACGGGCUACAUGAACCCACAGCCUACGGGCUAUGGGCAUCCCAACGGCAUUCCAGUACAAGGCGGCUUCCGAUAAGAAGCUAGCGACAUUUUUGAGGCGUGAGCAGAAAGAAAUGAGUGUAGGAAGGCUGGUACAGCUUUUGUGACAGAUUCCCCAGUAUCGCCUUCGCAUGAUGGGUCGAGCGGGAGUUUUUUGUGAAAGAAGAGACUGUGAAGCGAGCAAAAAGUGACGUGGCUGCACUGUACUAAUGGUGUUGUACAUUAGAGCAUUAGGUCGCUUCUUGGUCUGGAAGUGGUUUUUUACUUAU